AUGGCGGACAUCAGUCAAGGGAGUUCAGAGCUAAACACAGCAGAAACUCAUGAAGGAUCUAGCAGUGAAGAUGAUAACACGAACGAAGACAGUGGCGAAACUCAGGAGGCGGUAAAGACCUUCCGAGACUUGGGUGUCACCGACGUGCUGUGCGAGGCUUGUGAUCAGCUGGGAUGGAAGAAUCCAACAAAGAUUCAGAUUGAAGCUAUACCAGUGGCCCUGCAAGGGAAGGAUGUCAUUGGCUUGGCUGAGACCGGUUCAGGAAAGACAGGGGCGUUUGCUCUGCCCAUCCUUCAGUCCCUAUUGGCCUCUCCCCAGAGGCUACACACCCUUGUCCUAACUCCCACCAGAGAGUUGGCCUUUCAGAUCUCAGAGCAGUUUGAGGCUUUGGGUUCAAGCAUCGGCGUCAAAUGCGCUGUCGUAGUUGGUGGAAUUGACAUGAUGUCCCAGUCUUUGGUGUUAGCCAAGAAACCACAUAUUGUCAUAGCUACACCCGGUCGAUUGAUAGACCACUUGGAGAACACGAGGGGCUUCACCUUGCGAGCACUGAAGUUUCUUGUCAUGGAUGAAGCAGAUCGAAUACUUAAUAUGGACUUUGAGACUGAGGUGGAUAAAAUAUUAAAAGAGAUUCCCAGGGACAGACGCACCUUUCUUUUCUCUGCAACCAUGACAAAAAAGGUCCAAAAGCUCCAGCGGGCCGCUCUGAGAGACCCGGUCAAGUGUGCUGUUUCUACCAAAUACACUACAGUAGAUAAACUGCAGCAGUACUACAUCUUCAUACCAUCCAAGUACAAGGACUGUUAUCUGGUGUCAAUCCUCAACGAGCUGGCUGGCAACUCCUUCAUCAUUUUCUGCGGAACCUGCAACAGUGCGCAGCGUGUAGCGCUCUUGUUGAGAAACCUUGGUAUUACUGCCAUCCCUCUUCAUGGUCAGAUGAGUCAGAACAAACGUCUAGGAGCACUAAACAAGUUCAAGGCUAAGUCGCGGUCAGUUCUCCUGGCAACCGAUGUGGCAUCCAGAGGACUCGACAUUCCGCACGUUGACUGUGUCAUCAACUACGACAUCCCUACGCAUUCCAAGGACUACAUCCACAGAGUCGGGCGGACAGCAAGAGCAGGUCGAUCGGGGAAGUCAAUCACGUUUGUCACCCAGUAUGAUGUGGAGCUUUUCCAGAGAAUUGAAAGCCUGAUAGGAAAGAAACUUCCUGCCUUCCCCACCCACGAAGAGGAGGUGAUGAUGUUGGUGGAGAGGGUCAGCGAGGCCCAGCGAUUUGCCAAACUGGAAAUGAAAGAACAGGGUGAGAAAAGGAAAAGACCCAAAGAUCGAGCUGGAGACGAGGAUGACACAGAGCAAGCGAGCGGCGUAAGGAAGAAGGUGAAAGGAGGCUCGGGAGCAAUACGAGUAGGCGGGAAGAAGAGAGGCGGCGGUGCCUGGAGAGGCGGACGUUGA